AUGGGCCCACCAUUAACGCUCGCAAUGGCGCACCCUUUAGUGCGACUCGUGAGCGCUUUCCCGUUUUCAGCCCGUCGCCCGCGCAUUACCAGCAACGCACGCCACCGCGCACGCCAGGAACGCACCAGGAACACCAGGAAUGGACCCGCCAGCGUGCACGCCGACGGACCCGCCAGCAAACCCGCCGACGAACCCGCCAACGGGAGCGCCAGCAAGCCCACCGAUGGACCCGCCGGCGGACCCGCCAGUGCGCGCGUUAGCAUGCCUGCCGACGAACCCGCCGACGGACCCGCCAGCGCUCGAGUCAACACGCCCGCCGAUGAACCCGCCAUCUGGUCCGCGAGCGAGCCCGCCAAUGGACCCGCCACUGUCACGCUGCCUCGUCGCAGCUCCGUGGCGCGGAAACAGCGGCGGUCGUAG